GCUCCUAGCUCUGAAGGACUCUCAAGAAGCUCUUUGGAAGAGAGAUAGCUUAAAAAAAAAUAACUUCAGAUUAUGCAAUUCGGCUUGGUGGGCGGGAUUUGUGGGUGUGUGCGUGGGCAAGACUCCAGCUCUGAGGCCACCGGAUCAGUGCCUUUCCUUGGAGCAGCAGAGACCUAGCUGGUUUUAGUGCUGUGAUCCUUCCAAGAUGUGGCUCUGUGCUCUGGUCCUGGCUUCUCUCACUGCUUGUGCAGCUUGGGGGCACCCAUCCUCAUCACCCGUGGUGAACACCUUGCAUGGCAAAGUCCUAGGGAAGUACGUCAGCUUACGGGGGUUUGAGCAGCCUGUGGCUGUGUUCCUGGGAGUUCCAUUUGCCAAGCCUCCUCUUGGAUCCCUGAGGUUUGCUCCACCGCAGCCUGCAGAGCCAUGGAGCUUCGUGAAGAACACCACCUCCUACCCUCCUAUGAAAAUUUCCCCAGGAUGGAAUCUGGGCAUCACCUUUGCCAGAUCCAUUUCUACCACUCGACAGCUGUGUCUCCCUGAGCUCUGAUGCCUGCCUUUGGGUUCACUGAGACCUGUGGAAUGUUGCUUAUACUGUACUUAGAAAAAAGACUCUACAGGGGCUGGCUUUUCUUGGCUAUGCAAUGUGAAGGUUUUACAACCACC